UAUGCCUGUAAACUGAAGCUGGGCUUUUUCAUGUCCUUAUAGUAAUUAAUCCUCAAAAUUUUAUACUGUAGCUUUUAUGUAAGUUUUCCAUGCAUAUUCUUAAAAAUUGCCCGAGCAAAGUGUAUGAGGAGCUUGAAUGAAAGUUCUGUUAUUGUCCACUUGUUUACAGUGUCUUCAUACAGCGGUAAUUUUUUUCUGUCUCUUCUGGGUUGUAAGUCAAGAAGGCAGUGCAAUAUGUUUAUUUUUCUGCUUUGACUCUUGGGGGUCUCCCAGAGCAGAACUCUUACUGCAGCAGUGUGAAGAUGGUCCUUGAGAAUAUUGCAUGAAGAAAACAGGGUAAGAGCAUAUCUGUAAAGGUAAAGGAAAUAAAAUUGUGAAGAAUCACAUGUCCGGUUAGUGACAGAGCCAGGAACAGGACAUGGGUUUUGCAAUUAUCACUUCGACAGAUUUCUCCCUGUAGAGAGGGAGGGAAGGUUAAUUGUGUGCACAAGGACACAGUAUCACUGGAGUCAUCCAAACUCCAAAGCAGUUUAGCCUGGGAAACCUCUAAACUCUUUUCUGGAUUUUAGAAGUAUCUGUCCCUACAUUCACAAACCAGUCUUGAGAAGGUGUGAGGACAGUACGUUAUUUAUAGCCAUAGAUACAUAGGUGAUGGAUCUUUCCAUGCAAAGGAGUAAGGUGCUUACGGAGUCAAGAAGUGAUCACCAGUUCCAGGAAGGAUGGUGUGUGCAAACUGCGCUGAGGGCAGACACUGUAAGAGGUCAUAGGAGAAUUUUGUGUGCAUGUUUAAUAUUGUCAUGUCUUGGCAUAUAAGCCACACUUGUACACAGUUUUAAAACUUACUUCACUUACUAAUAUAUACAAAGUGAUUUUUGGAUGCAUCACUCCACUACACAUCACCUUGUUGACAGAGCAGAAUACUGAACUGUUACUAUUUCCAGGAUGUCAGUCUGUCUUUUGGACUGCCCCUCGGAGAGUACACUAUUUGGUGGCAAACACCUUGCUAAACUGCAAAGUACUGUGCUGAGAUUACAAUUUGAUAGACAUUUUUUUUUUAACCUUGAACAAAUAUUUUUAUACUUGUGAUUUUAUUUAUUUUUCUUUUUUUUUCAAUCCUGAAGUAUUUAUUUGUUUCAUACUUGCAGCUUUUCUUGUCCUUCAAGCCUACAUGCUUCACUCAGAAUAUCUGAGGUCUUCACAGCAGGUGGACAUGUGGUUCUCUCUUUGAACUGGGGCAGAUAUUAAAGCUUGAGGUCUUCUCAAAGCCUGUUUAACACUCACAAAAUUAAAUGUUCCCUCUUUCUGUAAUACAGUGCUGCUGAUGUAUGUAUGACUUAUUAAGGUUUUGUGUACUGUUCCUGUGUUAUGCAGGAGAGGUAGAAGUAGCAGUAGUAACUCAUUUUCAUUGUCUGUAUGCUAUGCUGCAUGUAUUUCUUGAAGGGUGAAAUAAGCCUCUGUAUGAAUGUGUGCUACUCUGUAGAGCUCACUUGUAUUAGUAAACCUAGAUCAGUCACAUUUCUAAUGCUCUGUUCUGUUUGUUUUUUGUUUAUACAGGUUCUGCCUUUACAUCCGCGCUCAUCUGACAAGAUGGUAUUUCGGAAACCACCGGAUGGUGGCUGGGGCUGGGUGAUUGUUGUCGUUUCCUUCUUUACUCAGUUCUUGUGUUACGGAUCACCGCUGGCGGUGGGAGUCUUGUAUUUAGAAUGGCUGGAUGUUUUUGGAGAAGGGAAAGGCAAGACUGCUUGGGUUGGAUCUCUAGCAAAUGGAAUCGGACUGCUUGCCAGUCCUGUCUGCAGUAUAUGUGUGUCAUCUUUUGGAGCAAGACCAGUGGCAAUCUUCAGUGGCUUUAUGGUGGCUGGGGGCCUCAUGAUGAGCAGUUUUGCCCCUAACAUAUACUUUCUAUAUAUUUCAUAUGGGAUUGUUGUUGGGCUUGGAUGUGGCCUUUUGUAUACUGCAACGGUUACCAUCACUUGCCACUAUUUUGACAAACGCAGAGGCCUUGCACUUGGUCUGAUUUCAACAGGCUCAAGCGUUGGACUCUUUGUAUAUGCAGCAUUGCAGAGAGAGCUUAUUGAUCUAUAUGGACUGGAUGGUUGUCUGCUAAUAGUUGGUGCGCUGUCUCUAAAUAUAUUAGCAUGUGGCAGCCUAAUGAGGCCGUUGGAGUCAUCUGAUUCCCCUCCACCAGAAAAAACAUGCAUAGACAAAGUCCCAGAACAGUAUUUUGUUUACCAUGAAAAAGACAAGACUGUUGAAGAAAACAUAAGCAUCCUUGAAAAGGGCUACGUUGAUGAAAAAUGUGCUAACAAUAUGCCUGAUUAUAAACAGGAUAGCAUUUUAAAUAAGAAUGUAUUAAACUCAAUAAAUGUAAAUGAGAAAGACACAUACAAAAAGAAAGUUGUAGAACAGACAAACUUCUGCAAGCAACUUGCCAAAAGGAAGUGGCAGCUCUAUUUGAACUACUGGGAGGAAACCAUGGUUCUUUUUAAGAACAAAGUGUUUUCAGCUCUCUUUGUUGCCAUCUUGCUCUUUGAUAUUGGUGGAUUUCCUCCUUCUCUGCUCAUGGAAGAUGUGGCAAGAAGUGCAAACAUUAAUGAAGAUGACUAUCAUAUGCCCCUUAUUUCCAUUAUAGGCAUUAUGACUGCUGUUGGCAAACUUACUUUAGGAAUACUGGCAGAUUUUAAAUGGGUUAACACUUUAUAUCUGUACGUAACUACCUUACUAAUGACAGGAGUGGCCUUGUUUGCAAUUCCAUUUGCCAAAGGUUACCUUACAUUAGCAAUGCUUUCUGGGGUUUUGGGUUUUCUGACUGGGAACUGGUCAAUUUUUCCAUAUGUAACAACAAAGACUGUGGGAAUUGAGAAACUGACUCACGCGUAUGGGAUAUUGAUGUUCUUUGCUGGACUUGGAAAUAGCCUCGGACCACCAAUUGUAGGUUGGUUUUAUGACUGGACGCAGGAAUAUGACACUGCAUUCUAUUUCAGUGGCUUCUGUGUCUUACUGGGUGGAUUUCUUCUGCUGUUGGUAGCGUUACCCUGCUGGAAUGCCUGCACCAAUCAGAGCUCAAAACUGCCUCCAAAUACUUACUCCUACAAAGUUGCAUCUAGUGCUUAGAUGACAACUGGAAAACACUUUGCGCUUUUUUUAUAUUAUACAGCAAAGUAUUUUAGUAACUUUCCAUUUAUUUAUGAAACCCCCAAAUCCUCAUGACUAAAAAAAUUCCAUUGUUGCUUGUUGUUCAGUUCCUUUUUCUUCUUUUAUUUCUUUUUUUUAUUUUAUUUUUAAGAACAGUCUUAUUUUGUCUACUAUGCACCGUGUUUUCAGCCUGUGUCUACUGUAAUUUCCUUUCACCCUGUAAGGGGUAUAUUCUGCUGUAUUAUCAGCUGUACUGUUGGGUUUUUUUAAAGGGGGUAGCUUGGAGGGGUGAAAACCUUGAAGCAAAAUUGAAGGCCUGUUCGUUAUGGGAGAAGGCUGGCAUUUCUGGCAUCUCUUAUAGGUCUCCAAGUUGCACAAUCAGACUUUACAAAACAAAAAUUUGCCUUAUUAGAGUGUCAUACGGUGGCAAGGUGCUUAUAAUGUCAUGCUUAGAUUAACUUUUUGUCUUUUUAAAGUUUCUCCAAUUUACAAUGAAGUGCCAAUUGGGGAGGGAGAAGAGGGGGAACAAAACCAACCUUGUGUAAUAUAACUGAAGUGAACUUUAUGAUGAAAGUAACAAUUCUUACUACCACUGCAACUAAGAACUAUGUUUAUAAGAAUUGCACAUUUUGUGAAGUCUGUUUAUAAAACUGUUGAACCAAAACCUUUUAAACCAAGGAAUAAAUAUGAUUGUUGAAACCAUGAAAAGAAA